GAUGGCUCCCAAUGCCUCCUGCCUCUGUGUGAAUGUCCAUUCCGAGGCAUGGAAUAUGAUGACCUUCACUGCCAACUCUAAUGACAGCGUGAAGAAAAUCAGUGAACAUGUCCGAUCUCAGACCAAGGUUCCUGUGCAGGAACAGGUCCUUCUGCUCGGCUCAACAACCCUAGAACCUCGGAGAACGCUGUCCUCUUAUGGCAUUGACAAGGAGACAACCAUCCACCUCACUCUGAAGGUAGUGAAGCCCAGUGAUGAAGAGCUGUCCUUGAUUCUGGUGGAGCAGGGUGACGAGGGGCAGAGGCACCUCCUCCAGGUGCGAAGGUCCAGCUCGGUGAAACAGGUGAAAAAGAUGAUUGAGAACGACACUGGUGUGCGCCCCAAGAGACAGAUUGUGACUUGCAAUGGGAAGAGACUGGAAGAUGGGAAGACCAUGGCAGAGUACGACAUCAGAGGGGGCGAUUUUCUCUUCCUGAACCGUUACUGUAUUGGGGGGUGACCACCCUUGGGAAGGAGUGAUA